AUGAAAAUUGGAACCUGGAACGUGAGAGGAACUUUUGAGGAGGGAAAAUUAAAGCAUAUUGUAAAUGAAUUAAAAAAGGGUAAUUUUGACGUAGUUGCACUACAAGAAACGAAACAAUUAGGGGAACUGGUAAUGGAAAUAGGGGGCUAUAUAUUUAUAAAUAGCGGGGGAAAGGAUAGACUACUGGGCACAGGGUUCCUAGUAAGGAAGGAACUAAAAGAGUUAGUAGUACAGUAUAAAUUAGUUUCAAAUAGGAUAUGCCUUUUAAGGCUUAGAGGAAAGUAUCAAAAAAUAACUUUUUUGAACAUACAUGCACCACACGAAGAAGAGGAUCUAGGGAGCAAGGAAGAAUUCUAUAACGAAUUGGAUAGAUUAUACGAAGAGAUUCCAAAGUAUGAUAUGAAAAUUUUGUUGGGGGAUGCAAAUGCAAAAAUAGGUAGGGAGGAAAUGUAUAAACCCACAAUAGGAGAUCAUAGCAAACACGAAGUAACCAAUGAAAAUGGAAAAUUCUUAAUUGAUUUUGCAAAGGAAAAGAACCUGAUUAUAAAAAGUACAUACUUCCAAAGGANCAGGAACUGCCCAGCUUACCACCCCUGCCUGCGACGAGCUGAAAGCGGUGACACGGAUCGCCCUCACGCCUGUCUGCCGGUGGUUAAUUCCCCGGCAUUCUGGGUGAACGAGGAACAGGACUCCGUAUCCAGCCCAAAUCGCAUCUGUAUGCUCCGUGGAGAGUCGGAGGGACCGACGUCGGUAGGGACGCGGUGCAGCGUCGCCAAUGUGCCUUACCCACUUAGGUUCGCUACCUCGGGGGGUCCUAAUACCGGCUCGACCAUCCCUUCGGUCGCCCCCACAGCAACAGACGAUACCAACGACGAGGCGGGCCUUCCGCAACACCGGGUAGGUCCAGGGAGUAGCGAAUUUGCAGCAGGGGUCGAACCGCGUGGGCGGCAUCACCAGCCGUCCACCCCCUGCAGACCGAUGUUGCGGGACGGGUAG